UCGUGAUUCUCACGUAGUCAGUGUCAACUCGACGACGGUUCGCACUUCAACUCGCAAUGCGGCUUUCUUGCACUGUCUACACAGCGAUCACGCUUAUUUUAUUCAGCAACAUAGUGUAUGCGAGCAGCUCAGAAAGGUCCCCCGUGUGGAAUCAGACCUGGACCGAUCGGUUGAAGCAAGAUCUAUUUGUAAAAUACGACAAGUUCGCCCGGCCGACGCAACAUUUUAAUACAACAGUGGUCAAAUUCGACAUUACUUUGCUUUAUGUCGAUGUGGACGAUUUCAAAUCUACCAUCACCGUCAACGGAUGGGCUUCUCAUAUGUGGACAGAUGAGAAGCUCAAAUGGGAUCCUGUAAAAUAUGGCAAUAUCCAACAUAUUCAUGUAGGAAGUCACGAGGUAUGGCAGCCAGACAUUCUGCUGUAUCACAGUGGAACCGCGGGUACAGUCGAGCAUUAUGGUGAUACGGCCUGCAUCAUCUUCCAUGAUGGUCAAGUAUUAUGGGUGCCACCCGCGCAAUUUAUUGGCCUUUGCGAGCUGGAUCUUCGUCUUUGGCCCUUUGAUACUCAAGUUUGCAAUAUGACGUUCGGCUCCUGGACGUACCAUGGCGAGCAAAUCGACAUGCGAUUGAGCGAGACCGAAAACAUGGAACGCAUGUACGUGAAAAAUGCAGGGUGGAAAUUAAUGGACUUGAGCAAAUCGCGUGAAUCAGUCGUGUAUUCGUGUUGUGCGGAGCCAUACAUCAAUCUCAAUUUUAAGAUGACUUUAAAGAGGAACUCGGCACUUUAUUGCAGUAUAUUGCUGAUGCCUGCUGCCGCUAUAGCUUUCCUGGUUCUGGUCACGUUUUGGUUACCACCUCAAAGUGAAAUGAAGAUCAGCGUUGCGGCCUGUACUAUAUUAAUCAUCGCUGUAUUUUUAGGCUAUCUCGGCCUUAAAAUACCAUUAACCGCGACCCCUCCACUCAUAGUUUACUUUUAUAGUGGCUGCCUCUGUCUAGAAACAAUAUCUUUGACAUUAUCAAUAGUGGUAAUCAACAUGUCAAAGAGGGUUUAUUGCAAACCACUUCCACGAAAUAUUAGGUUAUGCUUGUUAAGUUGGCCUGGAAAACUAUUAGGACUUUCCGAUCUCAUAAGUUUGAUUGAAUCGCGACGGCCUAUGCCAGGUCAAGAAUUGCGUGGUAAACUUACGGAGGAAUCCACUACUAAUUCAACGUCUAACAUUUCGGACGAGGGAGACCGGCAAAAUAUAAUUUCGCCAACGAAGAACACCACGCAAUUGCAAUGGAUUCUCGCAGGCACAGCCAUCGAUCGUAUAGCUUUCGUGUUGUUCUGUUUAAUUUUAGCAACAAUGGCAAUAGUAUGCCUAGGAUAAUUUGUUAUAUGAAAAUACUCUUAAGUCGUUUGGAUAUAUCGAUAAUCUAAUAUAUACAUGACAUAUACAUAUAAAUAAAUUAUAAAUUGUUAUUCAA